ACUGCAUUAAAAUAAUGACCAUAGUUCAAACGGCACGGAACUAUUCAAAACGUGAUCCGUCGAAACAUAUAUUUGUUGAACACGGUACUCUGGACGAGGCACAUUUAACUUUAACCCCUGCGAAAGGAGGAGGAUAUUACUCGGGUGGUUUGCUUGAAGCGAAGCUGGCAGUAGCGAACCAAUAACGCAUCGGGCAAGACUUGGUUUUGCAGGAUGACAAACCAUUACCUUACACCGUCACCGCGGUCGCCCCCCCYAGUUUUGGUCAUACUUAUGGUGAUUUGUUUUGCUGUUGUGGCUCUGGCGGACGAUGUGGAAACGAUAACUUGCUCGGGUGGAUGGGCCGGAGAUUCCCAGCAGAUCAUACCGAAGGCUUGGAUAAAUGAUGGAUACUGCGAUUGUCCAUACGACGGAAAAGAUGAAUCCAAUACGAAUGCCUGCAGUGGUUCGUCCAAUUGGCCCGGUGUUGCUGCUUCGGUCGCUGCGUACGUAAAUAAUUGGUCGUUGUUUCUCUGUGAUAUCUUUCGGCAUCCCUCUCUGUUUUUGCACGCGUUACAUAUUGUAUGACGUUGCUUUUUGUCGUUGAUGAUUCCUGAUCAUGUCUGUUUUUGUGAAUGAAUCCAUAAACUAUAAUGGAUUCGUAACUUGGAUUCAUUGAAACACUGCAGCGGACUGCCCGAAACCGGCGCAAAUGAUUUUUCAUGUCCCCAGCAGAAGAAUCUAGUUUUGCCAGCCUCAAGAGUGCACGACGGAAUUUGUGAUUGCUGCGAUGGAACCGACGAAGAAGGAUACACGUCUUGCCCAGAUGUUUGCGACGAAGUCUUGAGAGCUGAACGUGAAGUCUUGGCAAAAAUUACCAACGAAUUUUUGAUCGGAUCGCGGAAGCGGGCAAUGGACCUGGUCCAGUUUUCGGAACGCAGGGCCUCGGAACUCGUCGAGGUAUCCAAGCUCGAACAGGAACUGAAAAACUGUAAUAAUGAUAUUGAAUUGAUCGAGGGCACCGAGAUUGUAGAAUUGAAACGAUCAUACGUUAGGUCGAGAAUGGCUACCAUGAAAGACAAGGUAGUUGCGAGYCAAAUGGCAACGGAUUUAUUGGCUGGAUUGGAAGACUCAGAACUGGAAGACUUGAUCGUUCACCUUUGCCAGCUUUCGGGUGAGAUCGCAAAAGCCAACGGAGACACAGCUGCUGACGACRAUACUUGUGCGGCUUUGCGGAUUGCGGCUAUGGAUAUGGGUCUGUCCUGGAAUGACCACGAAGAUUUCGAACACUACGAAACCUCCAUGGCGGGAAAAGUCAACAUGACCCGAUCGAUGAUGAACAUUGUUUUUAACAAUGCAAUGGAUGCAAACUCAAAAGGCGGAUCACCGGCUCUACCGYCGCUUCGUUGGAAAGAAGUUCAUUCUGGGAAGAAGCGAAACRAAAGACGGCGGCGCCUGGAUGAAGUYUUGGAAGACGAUUUCAUGGAGGAUGAAUGGGAUGUUCACGAUGAUGCCUUUGAUCACGACUAUCACGAUGAUCAUGACGAUUUCGAAGAUCGUCRUCGAGACCGCGACCUAGAGAGACACCGGAAUAGAAAUGAGCACCAUGACAGUGGUCUUUUGGAAGCUUCUGGGGAUGCGGUAGGCAAAGAACGAGAAAUUCUAGAAAAAAUCCAGGAUUCGAURUUUUCCACAACGCGUGCAAAAUUUUUGGAACAAUCCCAACAAAUCAUCGACAAAGUAAACAAGAUUCUGGACACCCCAUCGACAGAAGACGACGAUGAGACUGAUGCCGAGGUCGAAGAGGGGACCGAAAGCGGCGACAGAACAGAAGCGCAAUCAGACGAAAGCGAGGCAGUGUCAGCUUCGCCAUCAACUAUCGAUCCGGCUGCAUAUGGAAUGGUUCGCAACAAACUCCGUGAAAAGCAAAGCAUCAUCAAGAAGGGAUUCCGGUGGGCUGCAUCGKCCGAGCUUUUGUUCGCUUUUUCAUCCCUCAGCGAAUCUAGUGAAAAAUUGAAACGGCUGGCGAUAGGAACAAUAUUUUACGGCCAAAUCAGUUCGAUACAAGUGUGGCAGAUUCUAUUAGCCAUAUUGCCAGAAUACAACGCAUCAUCCAUUUCCGACAAAGAGAAUACCUGCGCUUCUCCCUGGGUUGAUUAUUGCCCACCAACGCAGGUUCGCACCAUGUUAGGAACAGAAUAUCCUCCAUCAUUUCUAAUUGACGUCGCAAAAACAUUUUGUGACGAAGAAGCAUUAAAGUUCGGCCGAGAUGGCAAUGAUGCACCAGAAUGCAGUGAUAGCAUUGAUACUAUAGCAGAAUCAACACUCGAUCUCUUUGGAUAUACUAUCCCCAGGAGAAGGAAUCAGGAAAAUGACCCGCUCCACAGUAUGUUUGCACCAAUCAUUUCGUUACCGAUCGAUGCCGAAGGUUUGGAGUCCUUAGAAGAUACCAAGGAAAAAUUGGAGGCCAAGAAAACAGAUUUGACGCGAUCCAUCAACGAUAUUUGGAAAGCAAUUGGUGGUAAGGAUGGUACUGAACUAGGUCGAGAUGGUGAACUCCACUCAAUUGCURAUGAGUGUUUUGAGAUCGUUGCCGGUAAGUACACGUAUAGUGCAUGCAUAUUUGGCAAGGCGCAACAAAAAGAUGGRUCGUCCAAAACAAACCUCGGGAAGUUCAAGGGUAUUGAAUACGUUGACAGCGACGAUAGCGCCGGGCAUACACAUACUCGCAUUCUAAAAUGGGAAAAUGGAGCCAGAUGUUGGAAUGGUCCAGAUCGAUCCGCCACCGUCCACAUGAAAUGUGGCUCAAAGCACAAACUGAUUUCCGCCGAUGAACCCGAUACAUGUCGAUACGUUUUCGAGAUGGAGAGUUAUAUAGCGUGUGACGAGUCGUACAAGCGAUUGAUGGGUUUAUGAAAGGGAAAAUAACUCCCAAUAGAAUAGCAUUAGGGMUGUGUUGACUUUUAAUUAUUUCAAAGAUUACAUCAAAACCGCGAGGAAGCCGUCAAUGCUAAAUCAUGCACAAAAAWUUUUGUUCGAUACCGAAAGUUGCGAUUCUUGAAUAGAAGCGAUCUAGUGCU